AUGGGAACUAUAGACUUUUUGAUCGAAAACGAGCUGCUUUUGAAUGGCGAUGAGAUUUCCAAUUUUCUUGACCAGAAUGAGAUUGAAAACAAAAAUGAAAUCCGAAAAUCCUUCGCCCGAUUUUUGGCCAUUCAGACCAGAAAAGUCGAUGUCGAAAAAGUCCACUUUUCGAGCGAAAAAAUGAUCAACCUGACCACUUCCAUCUCGUCUCUCGCAUCCUCGUUUUCUUCAACAUGGGAAGACCUUAUCAAAGCCCUUCCCUUCGAAAAACUGCAAAGCUUCAUCAACCCGAAUAUCGUUCCGAAAAUCGAAGCCAUGGAAAAUCUGCUCAUUAACUUCAAAAUCGACGUGGACAAGUUUCUAGAAGAAAAACGAGCCAGCUUCGCACGAUUGCACUUCCUCAGCAAUCAGGAAGUUUUGAACCUUUUCGCUAAUGGAAACGAUAGUGAAGCAGUUCAACCCUUUUUCGAGAAGCUUUUCGAAGGAAUAGGGAGAGUUGAGUUUGAUGAAAACUCACUUAUUGUCUCGAUGAUUUCGAAGCUCGGCGAACGAGUUCCCCUGGCCGACCCGAUUUCGAUCAAACAAAGUCCAGAUCUUUGGCUCGCUGAUUUCGAAUUUUCAAUGAAAAAGACCGUCAACUUGGCUAUUCUAAAAGCAUACGAAUCAUUCCCUUCUUUUGAAAACCGCAUUGAUUGGAUAAAAAGCAACCCAGCUCAAGCAUCCAUCGUCGUCACUCAAAUCAAGUAUGCCGAAGCCGUCGAGUCCGCAAUCGCCAAUCAAUCCCUUCCUGAAGUUCUUCAAGACAUCAACAACCAGCUCUCUGAACUCACCAAGGAGACUCUCAAGGACCUGAAUGCAAAGGAGCGCAUGACGAUUCAGAACAUCAUCAUCAUUUCUGUCCACAAUCGAGAUUUGCUUGCAGAAAUGAUCGAAAAAUCAAACCCGCUUCUUUGGCAAUCCCAGCUGCGAUUUUACCUUGAAUAUCAGCAAGUCGUUGUCCGAAUGAUGACUUCUGAGAACGAGUACGGCAACGAAUACCUCGGCAACUACAGUCAACUCGUCAUCACUCCGCUCACCGAUCGCGCUUACCGAACCAUCAUCAACGCGAAACAACACUUUUUCGGCGCCGCUCCGCAGGGACCAGCAGGAACAGGAAAAACAGAAACCACCCGUGAUCUGGCUAGAGCUCUCGGCAAAAACUGCGUGGUAAUCAAUUCUUCCGAUCAACUCGACGAAAAAAAUUGUGCAGAGAUUUUCAAGGGAGCCAUUGCUAGUGGAAGCUGGGUUUGCUUCGAUGAAUUCAAUAGGAUUCACAAUGAAGUGCUCGUCAAUGUUGGUGAGCAGCUGAAAAUGAUUAAGGAUCAUCGAGAAAGGGGAGCGGAAAGAAUUGAGGAUUUCUGUGGAACGAAAAAUGUCAAGCUCUGUAAGGACAGUUUCAUCGCCGUAACAAUGAAUCCAGGAUACGCGGGAAGAACUGAACUUCCGGACAAUCUGAAGCCCUAUUUCCGACCAAUUUCGAUGAUGGUGCCAGACUACGCACUCAUUGCUGAGAUUAUGCUGUACUCGUCGGGCUAUCAGACUGCUGAUGUUCUUGGCAAAAAAUUGACGCUGGUGCACAAGUUGUGCUCUGAACAGCUCAGUGCGCAAGAUCAUUAUGAUUAUGGAAUGCGAGCUGUGAAGCAUUCAGUAACUCAUGCCAAAUCCCUAAAGCUUCUCUACCCUGACCUCGAUGAAACAACUCUCUUGGCCGACGCUCUUCGAUCCCUGCACUUCAGCAAAUUGGUUGAAGGGGAUUUCCCGCUCUUCGGAAACAUCAUGAACGACGUCUUUCCCGGCCAUCAAGCGCUCGACAGAGACUACGAUGAGUUCGAACGGGUCGCUUCUGAAGUCUGCGCGUCUCGAGGUCUCCAAGCCACGGAAGAUUUCAUCGCGCGCCUUGUCUUGACUUAUCGAGCCUUGAGAGAUCGCCACGGAAUCAUGAUCAUCGGCAAAUCAGGCACUGGAAAGACAACUCUUCUUAGCGUCCUCCAAGAAACCCUCUCCUCGCUGAACAUGAAAGAUCACGUGCAAGACGGCCAGAAAGUGCAAGCAGUCGACAGUGAAAUAAUUUUCAUCAAGACGAUGACCUGCACUGAGCUUUAUGGAUACCUCGAUCCGAUAAGCAAAAAGUGGAAUGAAGGAAAGCUCACGGAAACCUUCAGAAAAUUUUCAGAAGAGCAAAAUGAUGGGCGACAAAAAUGGAUGAUCUUCGACGGACCAGUUGAUGCAAUCUGGGUAGAAAAUCUUAAUCAAGUUCUUGAUGACAACAAAAAGCUCCCCCUCGCUAAUGGAGAUGUGAUUCCAGCAACUGAGAACAUGCGCUUUAUUUUCAAUGUCCAAGAUGUGAAAUGCGCUUCGCCAGCGACCAUUUCUCGAUGUGGGAUGAUUCAAAUGUCCGAACAGUUCGUUGAUCCUCUGAAAACGAACAUUGGCGAUCAUACGAUUGAGAAAAUUUUGAAAAAAGUGAAACAGGAGCAAAAGAAUUUGAUCUUUGAGUCUCGUUCUCAAUUAAAAGAACAGAUCAUCAACGCCAUAGAUACAAAAGUGCAUGUUUUGACGCCUUCGUCUACUCGAGAACAGAUGAAAGAGAUCCUCGCUGAAUCGGCAGGACCAGAUGGAAUCGUCAUAAUCGACAAUCUCAAUCAUCCCUCCAAAGAAUGCUAUGGAGCUCAACCACCUCUUGAACUUCUUCGAGAGUAUCUGGACAAUAACAUGCCGAAAAGAUUCAUCGCUUUUUAUGAUCGCCAGGGUCUAACAACAUCGCCGGCUCUUCUCCGUCAUUUUGACAUCAUGGAAGACAUCUCAACCAUCAUCAAACAAGAAUAUCUAAAUCUGGAGAAGUUAAAAGUUAAGCUUAAUGAGCAAAGAACCAAUUUGAAGGGCGAAAUUCUGAAAGCCAUCGAUAUCGACUUCCUGAAAAACAAAUCCUUCUUUGCCCAAAUGACAGAAGAAGACGAGUUUUACUACUCUUCUUUGAUUUUCUCCCUUUGCGUCUUUCACGCAGUCGUCACCGAAAGAGCUAAUCAUGUUCCUCACGGCUGGAACAUCGCUUAUGCUUUCAAACAAGAGGAUCUCGUCAUUUCCCUUGAACAGCUUGAAUCUCUUUCUUUAAAUUUCAAGGAAAACAACUUGAUCAAACAACUACAACACGUUGAAAUGCUUCGAUACUUAAUCGGCGAGUGCAACUAUGGCGGAAGAAUCACAGAUGAUAAAGAUCGCCGACUUUGCAAUGCGAUUCUCGAAGAUUUCCUGUUCGCAGAUCUCGGGAAUUUCAAAUUCCAAGUCAGCCGGGACUUCUUUACCGACUUGAAUUCUGAACAAAAGGCAAGAGCGCUUGAUGAGAUUCUCGCUGGAACUUCUGAACUUUCUCUCCUUGGACUGAGUGAAAGUGCCAUUCGUGGUCAACCACUUUGCUCUGCUAAAAAUAUCUUUGAAGGGUUGACUGCAUUCGACCAUUAUCUCAGAAAUGUGGAGUUUUCACCUGUUUCCACUGAUUCUCCUUUUUCCACAUUCGUUGCCAGCGAACAAGAACGAUACAAAAAGCUAGUCGAGCGACUUCUCUCCCAGCUUGAAGAUUUGGCCAAGGCAGUCAAUGGUAAAAUUCUCUUCCGCGAGUCUCACAGACGAGCGCUUGCGUCUCUUGCUGCUGGUGAGCUUCCUCAAGAUUGGAAAAGGAUCAGUUUUGCGAGAAGCGCGGAAAACAAAAAUUUUGAAGAUUUUCUCGGUGAUUUGAAGGACCGAAUUGAGUUCAUCAACAACUGGGCGGAAAAGGGAGAGCUCAAGAGCUACGACUUGUCGAAAAUGUUCUUUCAACAGGCAUUCUUCACCGCAGUUUUGCAAACUUUUGCGCGCGCCAAAUCAGUGUCGAUUGACGAAGUCGGUUUCGAUUUCCAAAUGCUGACUCCAUACGAACCAAAGGAAGGUGUCAUGGUCUCUGGGCUUUUCGUCGUUGGAGCAAGCUUUGAUAUUGGAAAACAGCAUCUCAUCCUCAACAACGGAUCUAUCUUCAACUUUCCCGAAAUCUGGCUCAAACCCGUCCUCAAAUCAGAUCUUCCAAAAGACGGCUCAUUUUAUGACUGCCCAGUGUACAAGACUCCAGAGCGAAAAGGAGUUCUUUCAACAACCGGACACUCUAUCAACUUCUUGAUGAUGAUGCGCAUCCCGAUUCCAGCUGAUGAAAACGCUUCAUCUUUUGUCAAACGAGGCGUUGCGCUGCUCUGCUCAAAGAAUUAA